CCGCCAUGUCCGAGUCGGGCCCGGAGCUCGUCCAGCUGGUGUGGGGCAAGAAGGGCGGCCCCCGCGGGCUGGCCGACACCAUCUUCUGCCGCUGGGCGCAAGGAAGCAGUUUUGAAAAAUAGGGCAGGAUUAAGCGGAGGCAGUUCGUGCUUCCUGUAAGAAGCCUGAAGAAUGUGAAACAAAUUCAAGAUUUCUUAAAUGUGGUUAAAUGGUAUCACAUCCAAGAUUUGUUUUUAGUGAGUCUGAAUCAACUGCAUUAGAACAAUUUGAAGGUGGCCCUUGUGCAGUGAUUGCACCUGUGCAGGCAUUCCUUUUGAAGAGGCUUUUUACCAGUGAGAAGUCUACUUGGAGAGACUGUCCAGAAGAGGAGCAGAAGAACCUUCUCUGUCAUACAUUAUGUGAUAUCUUGGAAAUGGCUUGCUCUGAUAAUUCUGAGUCCUACUCUCUGGCAACAUGGAUAAGAGGAAAAACAACUGAAGAAACUGCUAGUAUUUCUGAAAGUCCUGCAGAAUCUAGUCGUCAAGAGGAACAACCUUCUGCCUUGGCUGUCGAAGAGCUUGGCUUUGAGCGAUUUCAUGCAUUAAUUCACAAACGAGCAUUCAAAAGCUUCCCUGAACUGAAGGAUGCAGUUUGGGAUCAAUAUUCAGUGUGGACAAACAGAUUUGGAGUGUUGCUUUUUCUGUAUUCUGUGAUACUGACAAAGGGCAUUGAAAACAUAAAAAAUGAAAUCGAAGAUGCAGCUGAGCCAUUGAUAGAUCCUGUUUAUGGUCAUGGAAGCCAAAGUUUGAUUAACCUGCUGUUGACGGGACAUGCUGUUUCUAACGUGUGGGAUGGAGACAGAGAAUGUUCAGGAAUGAAACUUCUUGGUAUACAUAAACAGGCCACAGUAGGCUUUUUGACAUUGAUGGAAUCUCUGAGAUACUGUAAGGUUGGUUCUUAUUUGAAAUCUCCAAAGUUUCCCAUUUGGAUACUUGGCAGUGAAACGCACCUCACAGUCUUUUUUGCAAAGGAUAUGGCCCUUGUUGCUCCUGAAGCACCCUCAGAACAAGCUAGAAGGGUUUUCCAGACAUAUGACCCUGAGGAUAAUGGUUUUAUACCUGAAAGUCUGCUAGAAGAUGUAAUGAAGGCUCUGGACCUUGUUUCAGAUCCUGAAUAUGUAAGCCUCAUGAAGACCAAAUUAGACCCAGAAGGACUGGGCAUCAUAUUACUGGGUCCCUUUCUGCAAGAAUUUUUCCCUGAGCAGGACUCUAGGGUGUCAGAGUCGUUCACUGUUUACCAUUACAAUGGACUGAAGCAAUCUAACUAUAAUGAAAAGGUCAUGUAUGUAGAAGGCACAGCAGUUGUUAUGGGUUUUGAAGAACCAAUGCUACAGACUGAUGACACUCCUGUAAAACGCUGCUUGCAAACCAAAUGGCCAUAUAUUGAAUUACUCUGGACCACAGAUCGAUCUCCUUCUUUAAACUGAGUUGUUGCACAUAAACAAUGUACCACUACUGAAUGCUUGAACGGAGGAUACGGGAAUUGGUAUUUGCUUGGAAAGUGGUAUACUUUGACUGUGUGAAGUUAUACACUGGUAUCAUUGAUAAAUUGUAAAUAAUGAUUACAAACACUUUUUCAGUGUUAAUUGGAAUAUUUAAUUUUUUAAUCAGAUUGAUUUCUAUUAUAAUAGUUUGUCUUUUUUGGCCACUGUAGUACUGUAAAUGUGAGUUAUCACAAACAAAGAAAAAGCCUACUUAUGAAGUCUUAACGUUAUUUUCCCAUUUCAUGAAGAUUUGAAAAAUGUCUGAUAUUGCAGAAUCUGCAUAUUAGAUGUCAGAUCUUUAAAACAUAACCAUAUUCAGCUUCCUCUGAAUCAUAUAGGCAUGUUUUUAUUAUUUAAAUUAUAUUGGCUUACAUUACAGUACCAUAAUGUGUGGACUCGACUGGCCUUUGCACUGGGUAUGUUUUAAUGAGUUCAAAAUU